UAAGUAUUUGGCCCUUUUCCCGCAUAUUUACCCUUCCUUUCUCGGCGCCAUCGCAACAAUGAGAAUUUUGUGUCCGAGCUGCCAGCUUUCUUCUUUGAUCUCCGCGUUUCGCUCCAAGCUUCCAUCCGCAUUCUGCAAUCCCAUCUCAAGAUUAGCCGUAGACUCCAUCGACGUCGGCGACGUAGCUCAAAGGGAAGGCGUGUCCUCUUCUCCAUCUCCGUCUCACAUCGAUGAGGAUCUUGUCGGUCGUUGCGUCUCGAUCCUUGGCACUUGUCAUGAUCCCCUGGAUCUCCGGAAAGGCCGCCAAGUUCACGCCCAAAUCGUCGUCCGCGGCGUCCGUGAUAGCUUGUUGGGUGGUAGAAUCUUGGGCAUGUAUGUUCUUUGCCGAAGCUUUAUGGACGCCAAAGAUGUGUUCUUUUCGCUCGAGAAGGGUUCUCGAUUGCCUUGGAAUUGGAUGAUUAGAGGGUUUACCAUGAUGGGUUGCUAUGAACUAGCGCUGUUGUUCUAUUUCAAAAUGUGGUUCGGCGGUGCCUAUCCGGAUAGAUAUACCUUCACUUAUGCCAUCAAGUCUGCUGGCUGUUUGUCUGCUGUUGGGCUGGGUAGGUUGAUUCAUGGUACUAUUCGUUUGAUGGGUUUGGAAACUGAUGUGUUUAUUGGUAGCUCAUUGAUCAAGAUGUAUGCGGAGAAUGAUGAUAUCGAGGAGGCAAGAGAGGUGUUUGAUCAAAUGCCCGAUAGAGAUUGUGUUUUGUGGAAUGUUAUGAUCGAUGGGUACGUGAGGAAUCAUGAUUCAAGAAAUGCUAUCUUGCUAUUCAACAGCAUGAGAAUGGCGGAUGCUAAACCCAAUUAUGUUUCCUUCGCUUGCGUCUUGUCUGUUUGUGCCUCGGAGGGGAUGCUGGAUUAUGGUAUGCAGCUUCAUGGGCUUGCAAUUAAGUUUGGUUUCGAUCUGGAGGCUUCAGUGGCUAACACGUUGUUAGCAUUGUACUCUAAAUGUCGCUGCUUGGUUGAUGUGCAGAAGUUGUUUGGUUUGAUGCCCCAAACUGAUUUGGUCACUUGGAAUGGAAUGAUUUCUGGGUAUGUUCAGAGUGGACUGGUGGGCGAGGCUUUGGAACUAUUCUACCAGAUGCAAGUUGCUGGGUUCAAGCCAGAUUCUAUCACAUUGGCAAGUUUUUUGCCUGCCUUUUCUGGUUCAGCAAGUCUGAAACAAGGAAAAGAGAUUCAUGCUUAUAUAAUACGGAACAACGUCUCUAUGGAUGCCUUCUUGAAGAGUGCACUGAUUGAUAUAUACUUCAAAUGCAAAGACGCGCUCAUGGCGAAGAAGGUUUUUGGUGCAACUGGAACUAUGGAUGUAGUUAUCUGCAGUGCAAUGAUAUCUGGUUAUGUGCUUAAUGGGAUGAGUGGUGACGCAUUAGACAUGUUCCACCAAUUACUAAAAGCACAAUUGAAGCCUAAUCCCAUCACACUAGCUAGUGUUUUGCCAGCUUGCUCUUGCUUGGCUGCUCUAAGUUUGGGGAAGGAACUACAUGGUUACAUUCUGAAAAAUGCAUAUGAGGGAAUGUGCUAUGUGGCAAGUGCACUAAUUGACAUGUACACCAAAUGUGGCAGGCUUGAUCUUGGGCAUCAAAUUUUCACUCGGAUGCCCAUUAGGGAUGCAGUGGCAUGGAACUCAAUGAUUGCAAGCUUUGCACAAAAUGGGCAACCAGAAGAAGCUAUGAGUCUUUUGCAUCAAAUGGGAAUGGAGGGAAUGAAAUAUGAUUGUGUCACAAUAUCUUCUGCCUUAUCAGCAUGUGCAAAUCUACCUGCAUUACAUUAUGGUAAAGCGAUCCAUGGUUUCAUGAUGAAACGUGAUAUCAGAUCAGACUUAUUUGCUGAGAGUGCCCUGAUAGAUAUGUAUGCCAAGUGUGGAAAUUUAGAUUUGGCUCGUCGGGUAUUUGAUUCAAUGACAGAGAAGAAUGAAGUAUCAUGGAAUAGUGUAAUUGCUGCCUAUGGUGCACAUGGUCUCAUUAAAGAUGCCAUGGAUUUAUUUCGGCAGAUGCAGGAAGCAGGUUUUGUGCCCGAUCACAUAACCUUUCUUGCCUUGAUAUCUGCAUGUGGUCAUGCUGGUCAAGUUGACGAAGGAUUUCGGCUCUUUCACUCUAUGCAUGAGCAAUAUGGAAUUGCUGCUCGCAUGGAGCAUUAUGCUUGUAUGGUUGAUCUAUAUGGACGUUCUGGGCAGUUAAAUAAAGCACUGAAACUCAUAAAGAGCAUGCCAUUUAAACCAGAUGCUGGCAUAUGGGGCACAGUGCUUGGAGCUUGUAGGAUCCAUGGAAAUGUUGAGAUUGCUGAGCUUGCUUCAAAACAACUAUUUGAUCUAGAUCCUGAGAAUUCUGGUUACUAUGUGCUUCUAUCGAACAUCCAUGCUGUGGCUGGUAGGUGGAAGGGAGUACUGAGAGCACGAAGCUUGAUGAAGGAGAGAAGGGUACAGAAAGUGCCAGGUUAUAGCUGGAUAGUGGUCAACAAUAUCACUCACAUGUUUGUGGCUGCUGACAAAUCUCACCCCAAUUCUGAAUGCAUCUACUUCAUAUUGAAGAGUCUCCUCCUAGUGCUUAGAGAGGAAGGCUAUGUUCCCAAGCCAGACAUAAUUUUCCCACUACAAAUGGAUGCUUCAGAGCAGGCCACCGUUGUUUCUCCUGAUGCUUCUGAUCAGUAGUUUGCACUGUUUUACCUUCUUCUGUGCACUAGUAAGCACAGUUUUACCUUCUCCAGAGAAACUGGCAAAAUAACACGAUCCAAAUCCAACCAGAAAGACAAGGAAUAUUCCCAACAAUGUUAGACGAUAUGAAACCCCCGGAUUGGAGUCGAAGUCUUAUGCUAUGAAGACACAGCCACUUCAUAUGUAGAAGAGUCUGCAUAUCUGUUGAAGCACAUUGAAUCAAAUCAUUUUGGCACCCUGCUUUCUACUGCUUGACUUCGAGCUGCGAGAUAAAAGCGGUUAGGAGUGACCAUUGAAUAAGUCUCUUCGGCUUGACUCUUUUAAGGGAAGGUAGAAAAGAUGUCUGAUAGCAAGCAGGCAUUAAAGCUGUCCCAGCUCGAGUUCUCCACAAUGGCUACAGAAGGUACACGUUUGGUUGCUUUUGAUUUUAAUGUUACGGGUAGCUUUCUGCGUACAGUUUUUUUUUUUUUUUUUUUUUUUUGUAUUUUUGGGAACUCUAAUGUCUAAUUAUACGGGUUGCUAGUUUUCUUUGUUAAAUUAAGAAUAUUUAAUUUAUUAUUUAUAGUUUCUAAUAUAAUUUUCUUAGGUUGUUCUUCAUUCCUUCUAAUUACAUCAUCUUUAUAUCUCAUAUUCUUAAAUUAUUCUUUCUCAUCUUAUUUUCUAUCAUGAUUAUACCUAAUUCUUCAUGAGUGAUUGCAUUUCCCUUUCUAUACUCCAUCACAACUCCACAAAUCUGCUUCACUAUUCUUUUUACAUAAAUAAUGCAUACUUGUAAAUUCUCUAAUAGAUUUAUAAAAUAUUGUUAC